GGGCUGGUAUCCCAGAAGCCGCGGCGGCUCGGGAACCGGUGUGCGGCAGCUGACUGGGCUGCGCGUUUCCUCAGGGCGCGGCGCGAUGGAGAUCACCGGGCUUUCAGCGCCCACGGUGACCGUGUUCAUCAGCAGUUCUCUGAACACAUUCCGCUCGGAGAAGCGGUACAAUCGCAGUCUCACCAUAGCUGAGUUCAAGUGUAAACUGGAGCUGGUGGUGGGCAGCCCCGCUUCCUGCAUGGAGCUGGAGCUGUAUGGAGUCACCGACCAGUUCUGCUGCAAGCUGGACCAGGAGGAUGCGCUGCUGGGCUCCUACCCUAUAGACGACGGCUGCCGCAUCCACGUCAUUGACCACAGCGGUGCCCGUCUAGGAGAGUACGAGGAUGUGUCCCAGGUCGAGAAAUACGAAGCCUCCCAGGAAGCUUAUGACCAGAGGGAAGACUCAGUCCGCUCCUUCCUGAAGCGCAGCAAGCUGGGGCGAUAUAAUGAAGUGCAGCAGGCGCAGCGAGAGGCCGAGGCCACCCAGCGCCUGGCUGAAGAGAAGGCCCAGGCCGAUACCAUCCCUGUGGGCAGCCGCUGUGAGGUGCAGGUGCUUGGGCAGCCAGCUCGCCGGGGUACCGUCAUGUAUGUAGGACUCACAGAGUUCAAGCCUGGCUACUGGGUUGGCGUCCGCUAUGAUGAGCCGCUAGGAAAGAACGAUGGCAGUGUGAAUGGGAAGCGCUACUUCGAGUGCCAGGCCAAGUACGGUGCCUUUGUCAAGCCAUCAGUUGUCACUGUGGGGGACUUCCCCGAGGAGGACUAUGGAUUGGAUGAGAUGUGACACCCUAGGAAGGGUGUCCCCUUGUGCUAGCUCCUGACUUACCCUUCCCCUCUGUGUCCAUGGCCAUCUUCUCCUAACUUAUUUUAUUCAGCUAUCCCUUUGUAUUGACUUUUGACAUUUGUGCAUUAAACGCUCUAGAAACUG